AUGGUGAAGAAUAAGGUAGCGGAGGCUAUAUACGAGGAGGCUGCAACGUUGGUUUGGUGGGACAUUGAUGACUGUCCAAUCCCAAAGGGUUAUAGUCCUGAAGGGAUCGUUGAGAAAAUAAGGUUGGCCUUGAAUAAGUUGAACUAUCGUGGUAACAUCUAUAUAUAUGCCUUUGGCAACAUGGAUCAUAUCCCUCCUUCUAUCAAGAAAGCUCUCUCUUCCACUGGGAUCACACUUACUCACGUCAACUCCAAGAAGUCUCUCUCCAUUGAUCCUUUAGCACUGAGGAAGAAGAAUCGAACAAGUACGAGUCAAGAACUACGAGAGAUCCCUCAAGAUUCAUCUUUCUUGCGAUCCAAGGAAACAGAGCAAACGAGUAUGAGCCAAGAAACACAAGAGUCGUCUUCUGUUCCUCCGAUGAAUAAACAUGAAGAAGUCUUGAGGCAAUAUGAAUCGUACUGGGAUAAUCCAAGUUACUACGACAGUGAUAACAUCCUUCUCAACAUUACACACAUGCCAAGUCCUUCUAAUGGCUUCUUCGAAGGUUCUCUUGAUUAUGCAGGGGACAUGGGAUCAGAACUAGAUCCUAACCUGACACAGAUGAAGCCUACUUCUAGAGAUGUCAAGAACAACAGUGACCAGUCUUACAGUGAUCAGUCUUACUUAAGUGUUGAAGGUUCCGACGUUAGAGGUGAAGGAUAUAGCAUAAACACUUCUGGUCCUUUUGAAUACAGAAGUAACAUUGAUUUUGGUUGUUUUGGAAGCAUUGAAUCGAUGAUGAACGCACAGAGAGAGAGAGAAAAGGUUGUCAUGAUCCCUACCCCUAGAACUGUCAAUGACGCACCUCAAUGGACAAUCAAGAAGACUCUAACCGAUUACGAUCUUUAUUCUGGUUAUGACAAACUUGUUCUGAAAGAAAGCUCCUUUGAUGAGCACAUUCGAAGACAUAUUCCUGAAGCAGAUGUCCAAAAGAUAAGAGCUAAAAUCGGAAUCAUUGUUAACAUAUAUGACUACGACUUGGGCACAAUGCAUAAGCUGCUUCUGCGUCGGGUAUGGGGAAUAAACUAUGGUCUAAUGAAUGGCUGGGUUAAUGAUUUUGUCGAAAGGAGAAGCUUGAGGGAAAAAGAUGAGAUUGGACUUUCUUGGGAUCCUUCUACUUCUAAGCUUAUAUUUGGCGUCAUUUCUCGUUCAAAGGCGAAACGAAGGAACUCAGCGUAA